CACGCGUGAUGAGGCGGCCGCGGUGGCGGGCCGGCAGGGGGCGGGGUCGCUAGUGGGGAUGGCGGGCCCGACUGAGCGCGAGAGAAGCGACCCCAGCGUGGUCCGAUGGGACGACAACAAGUCGGGCGACCCCGGCGGGGUCCGGUGGGAAGACCGACCCCAAGAGCGCGAGAGAGACCCGUCAGUAGUGCGAUGGGACGAUGCGAAAGAAGUCCGCUUCCCGUCACCCCCGCUGCCUCCCCUGAUCCUGCAGAACCGCUCACAUUCCCGCUCGAUGUCCUCGUUGCCCCCGGAGCCCUUCAUGAUCAUGCGGUCCAAGGCGCUGAACCGGCGAGUCUGCAUCAACGUGGGAGGGGUGAAGCACGAGGUCCUGUGGCGUACCUUGGAGAGACUCCCUCACACACGCCUGGGCCGCCUCCGGGACUGCAACACCCACGAGGCCAUCACGGAACUGUGCGACGACUACUCGCUCAUUGACAACGAAUACUUCUUUGACCGCCACCCCAAGUCUUUUUCGUCCAUCCUGAACUUUUACCGGACCGGGAAGCUCCAUCUCGUGGACGAAAUGUGCGUUUUGGCCUUUAGUGACGACCUGGAGUACUGGGGGGUGGACGAGCUCUACCUGGAGUCGUGCUGCCAGCACAAGUACCAUCAACGCAAGGAGCACGUCCACGAGGAGAUGCGCAAGGAGGCGGAGUCACUCAGGCAGCGAGACGAAGAGGAAUUCGGGGAAGGCAAGUGUGCUCAUUACCAGCAGUUCCUGUGGGACCUCCUGGAGAAACCGACCACUUCCAUCGCCGCCCGGGUGAUAGCCGUUAUCUCAAUAUUAUUCAUCGUAUUGUCCACGAUAGCCCUGACGCUGAACACAAUACCUCAGAUGCAAGUGAAUGACGAGAAAGGUGCCGUCCAAGACAAUCCUCAGCUGGCGAUGGUGGAGGCCGUCUGUAUCACGUGGUUCACCCUCGAGUACGUGUUGAGGUUCAGUGCAUCUCCGAACAAGUGGAAGUUCUUCAAGGGUGGCCUAAACGUUAUAGAUCUGUUAGCGAUUCUUCCGUAUUACGUAUCGUUAUUUCUCGUUGAGACCAAUAAAAACGCAACGGACCAAUUUCAAGACGUGAGGAGGGUCGUACAGAUCUUCAGGAUCAUGAGGAUACUGAGGAUCCUGAAACUGGCGAGGCACUCUACAGGCCUCCAGAGUCUCGGGUUCACCUUGAGAAACUCGUACAAAGAGUUGGGUCUUCUGAUGCUCUUCCUCGCGAUGGGAGUUCUGAUCUUCUCGAGCCUCGCUUACUUCGCCGAGAAGGAGGAACCAGGCACCAAGUUUAUCUCGAUCCCGGAGACCUUCUGGUGGGCAGGGAUCACCAUGACCACAGUCGGAUAUGGAGACAUCUACCCCACUACUCCAUUGGGGAAAGUGAUCGGUAGUGUCUGCUGUAUCUGUGGAGUCCUGGUCAUUGCGUUGCCCAUUCCCAUCAUAGUCAACAACUUCGCCGAGUUCUACAAGAAUCAGAUGCGGCGCGAGAAGGCGCUCAAGCGUCGGGAGGCCUUGGAGAGGGCCAAGCGCGAGGGCAGUAUCGUCUCCUUCCAUCACAUCAAUCUUCGAGACGCCUUCGCCAAGAGCAUGGACCUGAUAGACGUCAUUGUGGACACAGACGCGGUUCUUGGGCAUAACAUGGCGGCCCCAGACGGUAACAGCACGGAGGGGGAGAGCGGAAGUGUCAAUCCGGCACAAACCGGACCGGGGUGCUAUCGUAACCACGAGCACUUCACGUCCCGACAUAGACGACCCCCAGUGCAGCCCCCCCUGCUGGACCUGGAGCCCCCCGAGGCCCCCCCGCAACCGCAGUCACCUCCUCACAACCCCCCUCCCACUAGCCCGGGGAAUGAUAGCGCGGCACUGGCUAGGCUUGAUGAUUUUCCCAGUGAGUUCGAGUGUUGUUUUUGCAAUACAAAGGACUACAAAGAAUUCAUUGAUGCCGAAAGCUUGAUGCCGUUGGCCACUAGCGACUUCAAGAACCCAAUCUGCUUAGAGAUGAAGCUGCUGCGGAGCGGAAGGGGGCUGGAGCUGGCCGGGGGGGUCGGUGGGGGCCUACUGGGAAUGGGUGGGGGCGUCAUGGACGUCGGCAGCGUGGAUAGCUCUGACACCUACGCAAGCUGCAACACUCAGCCUUUCAACUCUCAGGGGGACCUGACAGAGACGCCCUGUGAUCCUCUGGACAGCAACCUCUACAUUAACCCCUUGGAGAGCCCGAGUCCCCGUGGGGGCGUGAAGAAGAGCGCCAGCGGAGAUACGGCCCUCAGGAGUCUGGGGGCGUCCCCCCUCGAGGAGGCUUACCGGGGCUUCGGUGCUCCAGAGCGAGGCAGCCGAGGAAGCCUGAAUGAUACGCCACUGCCAAAACAUCGGAAAACGAGAUUCCAACAGCCAAAGCUGGGAGAAUCGAUAGGACGAGAAUCGCAGGAGAGUCUGGAGACAAUCAAGCGACGAAGGCCUUCGUUCAUGCCCACCAAGUCAAUUGCCACAGCCACGAGAAUUAUCAACCAACAUCUUUUUGGGCUUCAAGCACUCGGCAAGCCAGGUCCUGCCUACGAAUUGGUUUCAGGUAGGAACGGAGAGAGCCGGUCGUCGCUGUCGGUGGACUCCAUCGACUCCAGGACCUGCGCCACCCCCGAGACCCAUAGACGCUCCAAGUCCAUCCUGAAGAAGCACGAGGGGGGCAUGACGACGUGUGCCAACCACAAGGGUCGGCCCAUCACGGACGAUCCUGAAACGGAGAAGUUGAUUUCCGAUACCGCUUCGGGAGCGAGCGGUUCGGACUACUCGCCUGGAAAAAGUCCUCCAGCACUGAGAGCGAUCGGGCCACUCAGAUCACCCAACGCAGCAAAGCCCCACGCCCUUCCUAUCAAGUUUGUCGGGAUUCCCAGUUCCCAGCAACACCCACAGGAGAUGACCUUACUUCAGGAACUCCUCGGGUCAACUGCCCCCUCCCCUCCUCCCCCACUCUACAUCUGCCCACCACCACCCCCUAUGGACCAUUCGCCCACUGAAGAGACCAAACUACUUCUCCACCAUGGGGACUCAACCUCUCACCACCCCCUCCACUCUUCAUAGCAGUCAAAGGGAGGGCGGUGCCCGCAGAGUGCCACAUCAUUUCACAAGCAUAUCGCCAACCUCUCGGCCCCCAAGUCGAUAUUGACCGUCACCGUGACCGCAAACAUAACCGCAACCGUAAGGUUCACUUCCACUCUCAUCAUUCCACUUGUCUCCACCACUGACUGACCUGUGAGUGAUGUGGACUUGUACAAACCUGUGUAUAUUGAACACUGGCCCCCUUGGUUCACCACAGAAUUGACUUUUAUUUUCGUACCUAGAUACUGUAUCUAUAGCUGUAUUACGCUGGAAGCAUCGUCUAGUCUGCGGUGAUCACUAACUAUUGGUGAACAAAUGUAAGUAGUCGAUUCAAAAGUUGCUCAAAAAGUGCGGGCAACUUUUCUAACAUCGGUGAUGUCAUGGUUACGAUCUUUCACAUUCCAACUUACCACAUAAGGAAUACUGUCAUUGAUUUUUUUUCAUACGACUCAAGUAAGAAAUUAAUCGUGCUUAAAGCUAACCAAAUGGCCGAAUCGGAACCAGUGUAUGUAUUCAUUGGAUUGUUCAAAAUAUUUCCAAUAUUAGGCCUAUGUAUACUGUUAACUUAGUGUUCACUAUGUAAUUGUUAAUUUAAGUUAUGAUUAAGUAGGUUAUUUAUAUUUCAAGUGUUGUGAAAUUGUAUAUAUUAAAUUAUUCUUAGUACCAGUAUUUCGUUUUAUGGAAUACUAUAAGUUUUUAAUUGAAUUCGAGUUUAAGUUGUUAUCAUAAUUGUGUAAUUCUAGUCCCAUAAAUUGUUUUGAAGAUUAUUCAAUCUAAAUUUGUAUAAAUUUUAAUGAUUCAUUCUUUUCUGUCCUGGGUAUGGCACAAAACUGCCUGGUCUUUACAGUUAUGACCUUAAAUUAGCUUUAGUUUUGUUUACCUUUUUAAUAAAUCUGAUGCAGCCUCUAUAAAUAAGGGUGAAGUACUGCAAAUCUAAUGUAAUAAAUAUACUUGAAAUUUCUUGUAUUGAACAAAAAACUCAUCAUUAUUGACGAUCAUAUAAUCGUUAGUUUUCUUCAUAUCCAGGCAUUUCAGUUCUGAGUAGGUGUUUAGGUUAUUUAUAAUUAUUAUACUCACAACAUAAAAACAAAUUAUAUUGAAUUAAUUUUAUUCUUUUGUUUUUUUCUAGUCUUGAAUAAUUUUGAUACAACUCUCGAUUUCUAAUUUCUUUACAUAUUUCUUGUAUUGGAAAUGACAAACAUUACACUGUACAUUCCAACAGUAUCAACUUACUUAUAUGGCCUGCUUUAUAAUUCCUAUAACUUUGCUGCCCCCCCCCCUCUGAUAUAAUUAGGCAUAGCUUGUUUUAUCCUUUGUAGAUAAAAUAUUGUUGAUAUUCCAUUGGUUGGAACAUUAUCUGUGACAUUGACUAAAAUGACCAACAUGGUUAUCUGAGAUACCUCACUUGCACAUCUAUAGCCAAGCAGGAGUUUCAGGCUGGAGGUUUCAAAAUUCCUUACUCCUUUAAAUGAUGUUAUGUGAAAAUAAUUGAAAUUGUUUUAUUGAAAGAUUUUGUUGUACAUUUUCAUUCAUUACAUUGUACUAUUAUAUUAGUCUUGGCUAAAUAACAUAUUUGAGUAAUCAAGAGCCAAUUAAUUAUUCUCUAUCACAAACAGAUCGCAGCUGAUUUAAUACUGAAUCAAGCUAUUGAUCGGCCAUGAUGUUGAGGUCAUAGAUUUGAACUUGAGGUUAUCAGUAAGCCUAAUCAAAGACUCAACCAGAGUUAGUCUUGGCAACUUUUGUCUAAAAUGAGUCAUUGGUGAAACCAUGUCAAUGAAUGGACAAAACAAACCAAAACGUUCUUGCAUUAGAGAAUAUUGUUCAAUUAAUAGACUAACUAAUAGAUUUUUGAAAAAUCAAGUCACAAAAAAGUAUUAUCUUUGUUACUUUUAUUACUUGUUGAGUAUUUAGGAUGCUAGCUUUGUAACUUAUCAAAACAUGUAAAAUGGCUUGUUCAUUAUUGUUUCUGGAGACGGAAUCUAACCUUUCUCCUGGCUACGACCUUGACAUUCUCCGACCAUGACAUUGCCUGCUGAGUUACGUUCCCCAUCUUGUAUCGUAUUGUAUGAAGUCAGCCGCAAGCAAUAUGUGUGUUAUGUGCCUGCCGCCCUAGGUUUUUAAUUCAGGCCUGUGAUUCAUUAAGUUUAAGAUGAUUAUAUUUCUUGUGUAUACUGUACUGUAUCUGUACUGUAGGAAGGCGGAACCGCCAGCGUCACGAUAGUUUCCUACUGUUAUUAUUGGUGCAAUCAAUAAACAUUUUUCAAAGUU